AUGAGUAAUGCGGACGUUAGCGCCGCUGUAGGACUCGCGGGAACUUGUGGUUCCUGCAUGAUCAGGCGGCCCGCGAUUCCGGCUACCACUGGAUGCGGCAGACUUGGCUGCCGACCAGAUGUCGGGACGAAAUCUAUGGAGAUGUCACAUUCGUCAGGCAUCACUCAUCACAGUAUAAUUAAUAAUAUUCCAUGGACCAUGGCUACUAGAAAGGUUAUUGUGAUAUUUUUGGACUCCAAAGAUUACAGUGUAGUGCCAACAAAGUGGCUUGUCCAAAAUGAUUCAAAUAAUCUAUCGAAUAGUACAGUACAGUUUUGUUGUUGGCCACUUGGUAGAGUAACAAGCUCAGAAAUUAAAAAUGCUUUGGAUCCAGAACCUACUUGGUUGAAAUAUGCAAUAAAAGUUAUCGGUGGUAAUAAAACAUAUGGUAAUUUCAAGCUAGCCUGGCAUACUAGAGUUGAAAAAGAGUCAGAAAGUGAAGAGGUUCAAAUUAUGCCAAAACGUAAACGUACAAUAAUUGAUGUAUCAGAUAAUAAUAGUGAUGAAGAUCUUGGAUACUGUAUAACUCCUGCAUCUAGUUCUGCAUCAAAGUUACCCAAUGAAAUGAAUAACCCAUCAACUUCAGCAUAUCAACCAUAUGAUCAUUCAGUUUACCAACCUCCUACUCAAAAUCUACAAUCUAUAAAUACACAAAAUACACAACAGCAACAGCUAUCAAAUAACACUCUUAAUACUACUUAUGGUUUUAAAGAAGAUAGAUUAGAGAAACUUAAAAUUAUUAUCUUACAAGGACAAACUGCAACAGAUCUGAUGUUAAAUCGCAUAUUAGCUAAAAUUGAACUAAUAGAAGCCAAUUUAAAAAAUACAUCUCAAAAUAUUAAUCCAACUGUAUACAUUGAUCCUAAUUUUUUGGGUUAUUUUCCUCUAAAAAAUUCUGAGGAAUUAUUAGUAAUAGAGAACCUUAUAAACAAUGAAACUGAAUUUGUUCUCAAACUGGAAUCAUUUAUAAAGAGUAUAGGCGGAAAUUGUGCUGCAAAUCAUGUAAAAAGAGUCAUGAGUAAAUUGUUUACUGAUGAGUACUGUGUACAUAUUUCAUGGACUGGUCGUGGAUGGGUGAAAGAUAUGACUAAGUUAAAAGAAACUAAACUUAUUAAAAUAGUGAAAAAGGUCAUCCAAGAAUGUUCUUCGACUCUUUUUAAUGAUUCGCAGUUUGAAAAAGAAAUAACCGAACAAUUAAGGACUGCAAAUACAAGAUUCAAAAGUUUUCAAAUUAGAAAUAACAAAUUACAAUAA